CGUGAGACUUGGUAGCUUCACGCUUGGUGGUCUUGGUCUCUUGUCUUGUCCAUGGAUACUCCAUAUUUACGUAUGAAGAAUUCGAUACCCCCUAGCGACUUCCAACGACGACGAUGAACAACUAGCAUCGCCCCGUUUCUUUAACGUGCCACCCCCGGGCUGGCAAAAUCCAUCCUUGAACUGGAUCAAUUAAAUUAUGCCACAGACGCAGACGCAGAACUGAAUAUACCUACCUAAACGACCAUCUAAACACACUCUUUUCUUAAUAGCCCUGGAAUAUAUAAUACAUUACAAUAUACGGGAAAAGGAAAAGUACAUAUACAAGGGGAACAAAAAGAAAAUACAUACCUACCUAUAUAUUACACGGCGAAUCCAUCUCAUCAGUCUUUCCCCGCAUUGCGCCAACGAAAGCUGUUACCUAAGAAAUCGGUGAUUUGACUAACAGAAAACCCAUCCAGGUUUGCCCGGGCCAUCUCUCUGCAUCGCGUGGUGAAACCUGGUUGCCUUUGGUGGUGUCCCUGGGGUGCUUUGGUGCUUGGUUGCUUGGUUGCUUGGGUGUUGGCUACUUUGGUAGAUGGUCGGUAGACCAUACCGUGUCGUACCCGGGAAAGGAAGACAAGAAAAAGGAUCCAUUGCGCUAUUGAGACCGCAUCUUGCAUCUCUUCCUCGCCUGUGCGACUGUAACCCUGGCUCAUCUUCCGAUUAUGGAUCGAACAAUCACCUCUCCUGUCGUUGGACGCCCAAACCAUCUGCGUAGGAGCAGCAAACUUAAACAGAGCCCUAUUCCCAACCUACAUGACAAGAUGGAUCAACCUGAAAGCACUACUCCGCCGGACAAAUCUACCCGCUCGUCCUUUUCAUCCGUCCGAGAAGUUGACUCUGAAAUAGCACAGAACUUUACUAGUACUAAAGUCUCUUCCUACUCUCAGUCGGCUGAAGAAGCUAUCGAAGACCGCCCGUCGCCACUGGAAAUGGCCACCACUCAAACCCAAUUCGUCCCACCCGUAACACGACCGAACAGUAAACUACAGGGCUGCUGGUUUCCAGCCGUCGCCGCCGAAGGCUUCCAGGGCUGGAAGCAGAUCGGCGUAAAGGGGAGGCAGGCGAGCAAGAGUUAUGGAGAUUUACAAGCUUUGAAAAUCGUUUGGUCGACUCCGGCUACUCCAGAAAAGAAGAAAGAUCCUGAAAGACCACCUCCAGGACUCUCUCCCAUUGAGAGAUUGCCCGCUGAAAUACUUGGCCAAAUCAUUGAUCAUCUGGUCCUUGAUGUACCACCAAAUGGAGUCUCUGCUCGUAACGUGGAUUUAAUGUCGUUGUUGUUGACGUCUAGAACACUUCACUCGGCGACACUAAACGCGCUUUACAAGAAUAUCACGAUCCCGCACUCGAGAAUCUUCCGCAAGUUCCUGUCUCACGUUUCACAGAACCAGGAACUCGGAACCAUUGUGCGCCGCAUCGACUUCAGUCACUUCAACCCGACGACACUUUUUUCGACGGCAAGCGAGCGUGCUACUACCCGCAACCUUACGCCGGAGACAUUGCUGCAAUGCUUGGAGCUGACCCCCUUCCUCCGUGAGUUUUUGGCACAGGAAUAUGUCGAAGAUGAGCUCAGCGCGGAUGUUCUACGGAAGUUACUCUUUGGACUCGAGAGAUUGCAGGGACUCGACUUUUGCGGUUGCUCGUCCACAUCUUUCAAGAACGCCUUUCAGACCAUCAUUUCAUCCGACUGGCCAGACAACCUCGGCAUUACUCGCCUCUCUUUGCACAAAUGCAUUACUCUACCAGCUUCCGUGUUCGAGACAUUGCUCCCCCGACUAGGAAGUUUGACGCAUUUGGAUCUCGCGGGAACUCGCGUUACGAACGAGGCACUCCAGUCCAUCCCCCACAACGCCAGAAUCACACACCUCAACUUGGCCAAGUGUAGGUUGCUGACAGCUGACGUUGUGAUUGACUUCUUGGCAAACCACCCCGCAGUCCAGGAAUUGGUGUUUUUGAGUCUCGGAGUAGACGCUCGCAGCCACCAGUUAUUCGAUGAAGAUGACCUUACCAAACUAAUUCCUGUUCUUCCUCAUACCUUACGUUCGCUAAGCUUGAAGGGGGGCAAGAUGGCCCCUUCUCAUAUCGAUUUACUACGGCCACUGACAAAGCACUUGGAAGAGCUUGCGCUAGGCCGCCGACUCAAGAUUUCGGAUAUCGAUCGUCUCUUCAUCCCCGACGAGAGUAAGGACGGGAAUUUAGAGGAGCAGCUGGAAUGGGUCCCACAGACGUUGAAAUACCUGGAUCUAUCCGAUUAUACCGCCACCGAACUCGACUUUAUUUCUCUAUUUGGACGCGACACAUACAUCAUGAAGAAGCUUUCGUCGCCGUUGGAAGUGAUCGAGAUCACUGACGACUUGUACACGCGACUAGCCAAGUCGCCGGUUGUGAAGCUGCUAGGGUGGACAGUCACCGAGAAUGGAAGCAGGGCGUGGCUUGUCCGUCUCCACGAGCCAAAGGACGGACCCAGGGAUUCCGGUCUUCGGUCUUGGAAGAUGGGCGCCUCGUUCUGGGGCAUGCGCAAGAUACCCAUUGCCUGUGCCGAAGUUGGCGGCAUGUAUGGCUCGUACAUGUUUAAGCGAAAGCUAUAAAUGGGAGGCAAAACCGCGUUUAUACCUUGCGUCUCCUCUCGCCUAUACCACGGAAAGGGGAUUUUUCCCCCCCAGUCCAACCUGUAUCUCGUCUCGUCUCGAGGAGAGAUUCUUUUUUUUUCUUUGGAUUUUCUGAUACCGACAUAGCGUUCUGGGGUUCAGGCCGGGGUUCAGGGAAAGGGGGAUUUGGGCUAACGAUUUGAAACGAAACGAUUUGAAUUGACUUGAAUAGGAGGGUUAAAAGAGGGUGGUUGUUCACGAUACCUUGAUUAAAGAAAAAAGUCUAUUGCUAAUACAAUUGAUAUCAUGUUGUCUUCUAGCUUGUUGUUUUAAAAAGAGAGAGCGAGAAAGCGAAAAGAGAGCGAAGAAGAUGCUGGGGUUUUUUUUUUGGAGAGUUGGAGUUGGAGAAUAGAUUUGGUAGGUAGUAAUUAUAGGUAGUAGCUAGCGAGUGAGCGUUGU